GCCGCGCGUGUUUCCUCUCCCUCUUUCUCCUCGGCAGCUGAGAACAUGGCAACUCGCAGAGAACCCGGCACCGCGGCCCCGGCCCCGGCCCCGGCCGCUGCGGAGAUCCCCGUGAAGCAAGUGCAGAUAGACGGGCUGGUGGUGCUGAAGAUCAUCAAGCACUAUCAGGAGGAAGGCCAUGGCAGUGAGGUGGUGCAGGGCGUGCUCCUGGGUCUCGUGGUCGAUGAUCGUCUGGAAAUAACGAAUUGCUUCCCCUUCCCGCAACACACUGAAGAAGACGCGGAGUUUGAUGAAGUUCAAUAUCAGAUGGAGAUGAUGAGAAGCCUCCGUCACGUCAACAUUGACCACCUCCACGUCGGUUGGUACCAGUCCACCUACUAUGGCACCUUCGUCAGCCGUGCCCUCCUGGACUCCCAGUUCAGCUACCAGCACGCCAUUGAGGAGUCUGUGGUGCUCAUUUACGAUCCCAUUAAGACUGCUCAGGGCUCGCUGUCGCUCAAGGCUUAUCGACUGACUCCGAAACUGAUGGAAGUCUGCAAGGAAAAAGACUUCUCGGUGGAAGGAUUGAAGAAGGCGAACAUCGCCUAUGAGCACAUGUUUGAAGAGGUUCCUAUCGUCAUCAAGGACUCGCAUCUCAUCAAUGUGCUGAUAUGGGAACUGGACAAGAAGGCGCCUGUAGCUGAGAAGCACGAGCUGCUGAGUCUGUCCAGCAGCAAUCAUCUGGAGAAGAGUCUUCAGCUCCUCAUGGACCGAGUGGAUGAAAUGAGCCAGGAUAUCGUGAAGUACAACACGUUCCUGAGGAACGCCAGCAAGCAGACGCAACAGAAGCACCAGUACGUUCAGAGGCGGCAGCAGGAAAACAUUCAGCGACAGAGCCGCGGAGAGCCGCAGCUGCCCGAAGAAGACGUCAGCAAGCUGUUCAAGCCUCCCCUUCCUCCACCCAGAAUGGAUUCCCUUCUCAUUGCAGGUCAAAUUGACACAUACAUCCAAAAUAUUAAAGAAUUCACCUCUCAGAACCUAGGAAAGCUAUUUAUGGCCGAAGCUUUACAAGACCAGGCCAACUAGCCAAGCCACCAAGCAGAACAACAUUGCCAUGACUUAAUAGCAGCAAAGUUUAUCCAUAAUAUUCAAUAAAAGCGUCUUUUACCAA